AUGCCAAUUACCUUCGAUCACAAUGAUCAGCCGAAGUUAGCCCAGAACAGGUGCCCCGCCGCUCUGGUCCUUAACCCAAUUGUGGGCAGCUGCCGACUUCAGAAAGUCCUUAUGGACGGAGGCAGCAACCUAAAUUUGAUAUAUGCAGAUACUCUGGAUAAGAUGUGCGCCGCUGAACAGAGCUGCACCACCUUUAAAGGUAUAGUGCCUGGGCGAGAAGCAUGUUGUAGUGGAAAAAUAACCAUGGACGUGGUCUCUGGAACGCCGGAUAAUUAUCGCUCCGAGGAGGUCACAUUUCACAUUGCACCCUUCAAGAGCGGAUACCACGCCCUCCUCGGGAGGGACGCCUUCUCUAAAUUCCAGGCGAUACCACAUUAUGACUACAUGAAGCUUAAAAUGCCAGGCCCAAACGAGAUCAUCACCAUCUCGAACAACCCCGACAGAGCACUUAAAGCCGAGAACAAGAGGACAUCGCUCGCCCUCGAGACCUUGUCUGAAGCCUUCGCGGCCAAGGAACUAACCGCAUUACGCACCGAAGUCGACCGAGAUGAUGCCAUUCUUGACAAGUGA